GCGCGGGCGCAAACGGACAACCAUUUCCGGGCACUUUUCCGCAGCAUUUCGCAAAAGGAGAGAAUCCAGGAGUAGCGAUGGCUACCUACAGCUUGGCGAACGAGCGACUACGCGCCCUGGAAGACAUCGAACGGGAAAUUGGAGCCAUUCUUCAGAAUGCAGGUACAGUGAUCUUGGAACUUUCCAAGGAAAAAACCAAUGAGCGGCUCCUAGACCGACAGGCAGCGGCCUUCACCGCGUCGGUGCAGCACGUGGAGGCGGAGCUGUCAGCUCAGAUCCGCUAUCUCACUCAGGUGGCCACAGGGCAGCCCCAUGAGGGCUCCAGCUACUCUUCGAGGAAGGACUGUCAGAUGGCCCUGAAGCGAGUGGACUAUGCUCGUCUCAAGCUCAGUGAGGUGGCUCGAGCCUGUGAGCAGAUGCUGGAAAACUAGGCCAAGCAGGUGAAAAGCUUGGAAGGAGAGCUCCACCUACACCCCAGGACAGAACCUGGAGAGCAUGGGCUGCCCCGUACAUGCCCUGCUGGUCAGAAGCCAUGAGGACAAAGGCACAAAAGGUGGGAAUGGAGAACAAAGACCAAGCCCAUGCAUGGCUGUGCCCUGGCUCCUCCUGCCAUGCACUUCGCCGAGCGCUGACAAGCUCAGAACAGGAGACAGAGACUAAAGACACCCAACCCACUUCCUCAGGUCCCUGCCCCAGGCUUCUGGCAGACUUGGACCAAUGCAGACACAUUUUUGUUCACUGGAAAAGAUAAAAUGAGAACUAAGGGUUUUGAUAAUAAAAACAAUAACACUAAAAACAA